GAUCGCUGAUGGACACAUUGCCUGUGGCACCUGCAAUUCCUUCACUGAGGUCUUAGUAAGAAUCCUGAACAUCAGAAAAUCCGCAUUGUUGCUGUUUUUUGUUGGCAUUAUGUUAUCUAAAAAGACGCCCAUGUCGGAUAAUGAGAUUAAUAACGGCACAUCGAAAAGCAUGCUGGAACGGUGUGCUUCUGUUAAUGAAUAUUAUGACAUUGCAUUCAAGGUGAUGCUGCUGGGAGACUCGGCUGUAGGAAAGACUUGCAUCCUAGUGCGCUUCAAAGAUGGUGCCUUUUUGGGAGGCAACUUUAUAGCCACCGUCGGAAUAGACUUUAGGAACAAGGUGGUGACGGUGGAUAAUAUGAAAGUCAAACUGCAGAUUUGGGACACGGCAGGGCAGGAGAGGUUCCGCAGUGUUACUCAUGCAUACUAUAGAGAUGCGCAGGCUCUCCUACUUCUGUACGACAUCACUAGAAAAUCAUCUUUUGACAAUAUCAGGGCCUGGCUGACGGAAAUUCAUGAGUACGCACAGAAGGAUGUGGUCAUCAUGUUGCUUGGCAACAAGUCAGACAUGGCAGCUGAGCGAGUCAUUAAGCCUGAGGAGGGACAGAAGCUGGCCAAGGAGUACGGAGUUCCUUUCAUGGAGACAAGUGCCAAGUCUGGUGUUAAUGUGGAUCUUGCAUUCCAUGCCAUAGCAAGAGAGCUGAAGCACAGGGCAGCUCAGCAGCCUCACGAGCCGAAGUUCCAGAUCCAUGAUUACAUUGAGUCCCAGAAGCAAAAGUCCAGCUGCUGUGGUGCACUUGUGUAAUGCCCUUCACGUAAAGGAAAUUAGCUGGUACAGCCUGGUUUAAUUAACUUAUAAAAAUCAUAUAGCGACAAACAGACUAUUAAAAAGCCUUGUAUGUUAAUUGAUUUUCAGAAAAACGUGGGGGGUGUUAGUAAACAGGAAGUAGUUAUAGGUGAAAGUGUGUCUUGUGUUAAAUGUUUAAAUAAAACGAUAUGGCAAAAACAUAUGUGGACACCCAACUAUGAGCUUGUUGGACAUUCUAUUUCAAAACCACAGGCAGUAAUAUGAAGUCCGCCUCCCCCAUACAUACACUUUUGAAGCUAUAACAGCCUUCACUCAUACCACAGUUUUGGUGUGUCUGAGGGA